AUGCUCCUCUAUACAUCCGACACAAGCGCACAGAAAGUCGACGCCCUCAUCGCAGAAAUCACUUCCCUUCCCCAAAGCCCCUCAGCCGUAGGCUGCAAAGCAGACCUCGCCUCAGAAACCGCCCCUUCCACAGUCCUUUCCGCCCUAGACGCCUGGCUCGGACCCGAAUCCCGCGUCGACAUCCUCAUCAACAACGCCGGCACGGAACUCAACGCGCCCCUGGGCACCAUCUCCCCCGCAGACUUUGCCAAAGUCUACGACCUCAACGUCCGCGCGCCGUUGCUCCUUACACAAGCCCUGCUCCCGCGCCUGGCCCCGGCCGGCGCGCGCAUCAUCAACGUAGGCUCCGUGGGCGGGCGGCAGGGUUUCCCCGGCUUGGGACUGUACUGCUCCUCGAAGGCGGCGCUCGAGGGGCUCACGCGUGUGUGGGCGCGGGAGCUUGGUCGGAACGGGACGACGGUGAAUUGUGUUGCGCCCGGGCCGGUGCAGAGCGAUAUGCUGGAUAAGAUUCCCAAGGCGUUGGUGGAGAUGCAGAAGAGGCAGACGCCAGUGGAGAAUCGGACCGGGACGGUGGAGGAAGUUGCUCGGAUCGUGACGUGGCUUGCAAGCCCGGAGAGUUCUUGGGUUAGUGGGCAGGUUAUCAGUGCCAGCGGGGGGUGGGCAAUGUACUGA